GCUCGUUAUGUCGACUUACUUGUGUUUAAAAGCAACUUCUCCUUGUUUGUUAUUCGCAUUAAUCAUCAGGAAAGAAAUACACAUGAAUGAUAUUUUCUUUAACAUUAAUUCUGUUAUUUAUUCAAAGUUCCAUUUGGAAGGUUUUAUGACGGUAGUCCAAUGAAUACGAUUGAAAUUGAGGAUAUAAAGCCUGUCACAUGUAAUAAGGCUAAUCAUACAUUAGAUCUUGAGAUCCACACCAGUCAUGUAUUAACAUAUAAUGAAUUUUUCUUCAAAUAUCUGAUCGGUAACAAACCUUGUGUUAUCGAUUCAAAAAUAACGGAUGACUGGGCAUCCAGAAGUAAUUUCACCCUGAACGAUGCACCAAAUUUUGAAUUCCUUCGAAGGGUAUUUGGUAAUGCUGUAGUUCCAGUGGCAAAUUGUAAUAAAGAAUAUUACAAUGCACAGAUGAAACAAAGUAUGACAAUAAAUGAGUACAUAGAUUAUUGGAUCGAUUACCGAAAUACUAAUUAUUCUUUGGAUAAACCAGUAUUAUACUUAAAAGAUUGGCAUUGUGUAAAAAAUUUUCCUGAUGUUCCUUUAUACGAAGUACCUUCUUUCUUUGCUUCGGAUUGGUUAAAUGAAUAUUACAUAGCACAUCCUACGGAAUUGAACGAUGACUAUAUGUUUAUUUAUAUGGGACCUAAAGGAUCAUGGACUCCACUUCAUGUAGAUGUCUUAACAUCGUACAGUUGGUCCGCAAAUAUUAUUGGAAAGAAACGUUGGCUCUUAUUUCCACCAGGAGAAGAGAAUUGUCUUCGAGACUCACAUGGACAUCUACCAUAUGAUGCAACUUCCCCAGAAUUUAAUAAUCGUAUUAAGUACAAAGACUAUGAUACCGAGUCGUUAAAGAAACUAGAAAUAAUUCAGGAUGCUGGUCAAAUAAUAUUUGUACCGUCUGGUUGGCAUCACCAAGUUUGGAAUUUAGAGGACACAAUUUCCAUCAAUCACAAUUGGAUAAACGGUUGCAAUAUUUGGAAUGUUUGGCUUGCUUUGCAAAAAGGGUUAUUAGCUGUAAUGAAGGCAGUCGAAGAUUGUCAAGAUAUGGAUGAUUGGGUACCACAUUGCCAGCUUUUAUUAAAAGUCUCCGAUGGAAUGGACUACUCUCAGUUUUAUGACUUUUUGUUAUUUAUUGCCAGGCGACGAUUGAAUAGUCUGAUAAAUAAAUCUGAAAUAAUAAGUUUCAAAAAAUGGCAUCUUGGAACUAAUCAUUGCUUGUUUGAUCUUGGUAAAAUAAAGACUGUUUUGGAACAUUUCAUUGAAGAUGCCAAAGAAAAAUCUGUUUAUUCUCUAUUUCAGUUUACUGAUAAACCAGAAGAUCUUCUAAAUGACAUAAAUGCUGUGUUGUAAACAUUUUAAAUGCAGAAACGUAAACCAAUUACAUAAAAAUAUACCA